CGGAAGUGAGCCUCGGCUUGCUCACAAAAGAGAUGGCGAGCGGCAUCGGGAAACACAAAAUACUGAACGUGGGGCCGACUGAACCAUGGUCCAUCAGAGAGAAACUGUGCUUGGCCUCUUCUGUCAUGAGGAGUGGAGACCAAAACUGGGUGUCUGUAAGUCGAGCCAUCAAGCCUUUCUCAGAGCCGGGCCGACCUCCAGACUGGUUCUCCCAAAAACACUGUGCCUCUCAGUACUCUGAGCUGCUGGAAGCCACAGAAGCACCAAAGCGAAAACGUGGUGAGAAGGGAGAAGUGGUGGAAACCAUUGAAGACGUGAUUGUUCGGAGGCUGACCACAGAAAGGAUCGAGGAGCUGAAGAAACUACUCAGAGACACACAAGAGCAGUACAGAAAAUUGAAGAAAGAGGUGGACCUAAUACAGGCUGGCCACAUGGACUCACAACUAAAGGAGCUGCUCACAGAAAUUACACUAAAGAAGAAGCAAGAUGAGGAGGAAGCAGAGCAGAAAAGAAAAGCUACGGAAAUGGCCUACCAAGCUCGUCAGGCCAUUAAAAACACGCCAAAGCGCCUUCCCAGUGUCACAGUGCGAUCGCCUUUGGGUGCCAGUCCCACCUCUCUGGACUCUCAGGCUGACUCCUCUGUCCCUACUCCCCCCAUGGACACAGGAGGGGCCCCAUCUGAGGACACUGGACACCACAGUGUUGUGCAGGGAGUGGGGGUGUUCCUGCCCUCAGACCCAUCUGGACCUAAAGAGGCCGUUCUGUCUGCACUCAUGGACGACUCUCCCCAGAAGAGGCUUCUGGCUCAGAAGGCCACGCCCCCUCCCUCUCCUCUGCUGUCCGAGCUGCUCAAAAAGGGCAACCUCAUCUCCGCAAGCCCUAGACUGGUUUCAGAUGGCGAUGCCUCUGGAACCCUCACAAAUGGAGUGCAAACUGCCACAGCCACAGUGUUACCGGCCACUCACGACGUCAUAUCAGAGGCAGAUGCAGAGGUUAAGGCGGAGCUCGGUGAAGACGCAGGGCUGGGAGAGGAGGACCUGGUUGCCGUGUCGUACAUGGGAGACGAGCUCGACCUGGAGACUGUGGGAGACAUCAUCGCCAUCAUAGAGGAGAAGGUGGACGACUCUGUGGAGGUGUUGGAUGCUGCUGCAGUAGAAGCCGCUCUGUCUCUGUGUGAGGAAGCUCACGCUUUGCCCGGACCCUGGGACACACAGCCGUCGGAGCAGCCCUCAGUCUCAGUCCAGGACCCCAGCCAGGACCCUCCCACUGGGGCUACUAUGACAACUGCAAACACCCAAAUGUCAACAACAACGGAUGUAGAUGAUCCGCUCCAACAUGAUACCAAGACAGAGGAGCAGGUGAAGGGAGAGGGGGAAGGAACAGAGGUGACGGGAAGUGAUGUCACCCCAGACCAUGCACAAACAGGAAGCGAGGUCACAGAAGAGGGUGGGGAAGAAGGGAAAGAGGUGGUGGAGGCGAUGGUGAAGAGUGAAGGAGAGGAGUGGAACCAAGCAGAAGCAAAUCCACCAUGUUUAGAUUCUGAGGACAGUUCUGUGUCAGGAAGAGAGUCCAAGGAGGUGAAAGAGGAGAGGAGAGAGGGAUAUGCAGAUGGAGGAGAGAUAGAGGACGGGACGAGAGAGAGAAGAGGAGAUGUAAAUUCAAUAGGACAGCAGCAGAAAAAGAAUGAGGAGAAGCGAGCAGAAGAAGCAGACAGAGAGAGAGAGGAGACGGCCCCAACCACAGAGGAAGACCUGAUGCAACAGAAUGACAGGCUGGCCAAUGGCAUCGGGGAGGAUGAGGACGAUGCAGAGGAGGACCCGGCCACAGAGGAACAGAGGGGAAACCUGGACUCUUUCAGCUCCAACUUUGAGUCCACAGUGGAGCAGGCCGACACCGAAGUACAGGAUGAAGAAGAGGAAGAGGAGGGGAUCCCAGAGGAGUGUGACGGCCCGGAAAACCAGGACACCUUCAGCUCUGCGUUUGAACAGAUCGUAGAGCAGGUGGAGACUCAAGCAGAGGAUGAAGAGGAGGGAGAGGAGGAAGAAAUUAAAGUGGACAUUUUGAAAGAUGGUUUUAGCUCUACGUUCGAGAGGAUCAUGGAGUCCGCUCUUCUCCGCGGCGGAACAUGCUACAGCAGCUUGGACUCCCUGGACGUCUUGUCUCUCACAGACGAAACGGACAGCUGCAUGAGUUUUGACGCACCACUGACUCCGCUCAUCCAACAGAGGGCGCUAAUGCAGUGCCCCGAGCCGCUGGAACUGGAGCUGGCCACUGUGCAGGAGCAGGAGGGGGGUGCAGAGGGGGAGGAGGGGAGAGAGGGGAGGGAGGAGGAAGGGGCAGUGAGAGGGUCCCCGCUGAGGACCACCAUUCCAGGGAGCAGGUCCGAGUUCGUCCUGUGCCAGCCAGGAAGAUGGGCCAUUCCCAACGGAUACCACUCAGGGGAGGCUGGGGCAACGCAGGGGGCAAUGCACAACUCUGUCAGUGAUGCUAACCUGUCCGAUGUUCUGUCUGACCCGGAGGACUGUGACCUGGGCAGCGUGGAGCGACUGGAGCGCGGCAGCACUGACAAUUUGGCCAAUGGUUGCCGUGUUGACACAGAAGCAGCAAAACGACUCGCCAAACGCCUGUACCACCUGGAGGGAUUUAAACGCUGCGACGUAGCACGCCAUCUGGGCAAGAAUAACGACUUUAGCCAGCUGGUGGCGUCAGAGUACCUGAGCUUCUUUGACUUCACGGGUCUCUCUCUGGACCGAGCACUGAGGAACUUCUUGAAGGCGUUUCCUCUGAUGGGGGAGACUCAAGAGAGAGAGAGGGUCCUGGUUCAUUUCUCUAAACGCUUCUGCCAGUGUAAUCCACAGACGCCCUCCUCACAAGAUGGAGCCCACACUUUGACCUGUGCUCUAAUGCUGCUCAACACGGACCUCCAUGGACAUAAUAUUGGUAAAAAGAUGUCAUGUCAACAGUUCAUCAGUAAUCUGGAGGGACUCAACAAUGGCAAAGACUUCCCCAAAGAGUUAUUGAAGGUCUUGUAUAAUUCGAUAAAGAAUGAAAAGCUGGAGUGGGCAGUUGAGGAGGAGGAGUUGAGGAAGAGUCUGUCUGAGCUGGUGGAGGAGCAGUGUGAGGGGAGCAGUAAACGUGUGGCUCGGGUCUCAGAUGGAUGUAACCCUUUCAUCGCCAUCCCAGUCCUCCUGAAUGCUGUCACAUACAAACAUGGAGUCUUGACCAGGAAGAGCCACGCAGACAUGGACGGCAAGCGCACUCCCAGAGGUCGACGAGGCUGGAAGAAGUUCUAUGCCGUUCUAAAAGGGAUGAUCCUGUAUCUACAAAAGGAUGAGUACAAACCAGACGCGGACAUUUCGGAGGUGGACCUGAAAAACGCGGUUCGGGUGCAUCAUGCUUUAGCCACGAGAGCCACAGACUACAGCAAGAAACCCAACGUGCUCAAGCUCAAGACCUCUGACUGGAGAGUGUAUCUGCUGCAGGCACCGAGCGAGGAGGAGAUGAUGUCAUGGAUUUUCAGGAUAAACCUGGUGGCGGCGCUGUUUUCUGCUCCGGCGUUUCCUGCUGCGAUCGGAUCCAUGAAGAAGUUCUGUCGACCGAUCCUGCCCUCAUCAUCCACCCGACUCAACCAGGAGGAGCAGCUGAGGAGUCACGAAGGGAAACUGAAGCAAAUGAGUUUGGAGCUGGAGGAACACAGAAAGAACCCCGUGACCUUUGACCCCAAGAGCAGAGACUGGGAGGAGCAUCGCAUCAAGGAGCACUACCUCACCUACGAGAAAACCCGUUACGAGACCUACAUCAGUCUACUCCAGGCCAAGAUCCGUGCAGAGACCGACGACUUGGAGAAGAUCGAGGCUAGCGUCAUGGGCACUUUUCUAUUGGAAGGACGGGAAUGCCAACUCCGGAAAACCCAAUCCUCUCCAUCUAUAAGUCAGGCUCAUGGCGGACUCAAUGGGAAGACCACUGGGUACCCCUUCGUCUCAGGACAUAGGAGCUGAGACCCCAAAAAUACUAAAAACUUCCUUCUUUUUAAGCUGAGAAAAUUGAUAGUUUGAACCUUUGAGCGCUUAUCCUACAUAUUAGUAGUACUUUACAGUUCCUCAGUGAUGACUACUGCCCCCUAGAGAUAGACUUUUUAGUACGAAGAAAAUGGAGUAACUUUGCUUAGACAUUGCACCUGGCCGCAGAGCAGUAGACACCUCCUUCAAGUGAUUUUUUUAUUGCACAUUUUGAAAUGAUCAGAAUCGUGAUCAUUUUUAUAUCAGUAUUAUUUUAAUUCAAUGCAGUUUAGUGUUUUCAAAGAUUAUAAUUUAUUAAGGACACAACGAUGAUUAAUAUGGACAAGAAGAGGUUGGAGAGGAGAUAGCGACGGUACUACUGUAGCAUUUUUAGCUUUUUCUUCCUGUUUAAAAAAACAGAUUGGUCAUGUGACUAAAUGGACCUAUGUAAUUGGUGGAUAGAGCAAAGACUUCAGGAAGAAGAAGGAGAAGCCGCUAUGUUGGUUUUAUUUAUUUAUUUAAUAACAUUGAAAUCUCUUGUUACAUUCACAUUCAGUAUUGCAAUGCCGAGGAACUGCGGGUGGAGUGCCUUGCUCAAGAGCACCUCAGCACCAGAUGUUGAGGGUUUCGAUGAGAGGGAAAUGGACAUUAACGAUUUAAAAUAGUUGACGUUUUCCUGUUAAACUGAUGUCUAAAUUCUGACAUGUUCCAUAAUGUUAAUUUAGUUUUAGAAAAAAAAAAAAACGUUUGAAUGACGGAAAGCACUGUGUUUGUGGCCUCUUUUUUAUAGAAACAAGGACUCUACUGAUCAAACUGGUGCAGACUGUUAAUUAAUUUAAAAGUGCACUAUGUAACAUUUCUGGUGUAGGGUGUGCCACCUGCUUGUCUCGCUUUCCAAGAAUCUUCUACAAUAUGGCAUAAAAGUGUCGAUGACGGGUUAUUUUUUCGCUAAAACAAUUGAUUGCACAUAAAUUGUCCCUGCAUUUUGGAUAGAAGUUUUGGUGUUGAUGACAGGGGUAAAGGUAUUCUGUUUCAGAAUUCACCACUACUUCCUGUAUUUCUGUACUUUUCUUCACCUUUUUCUCACAAUUUGACAUUUACCUAAUAUAAAACUAUGAAAAAUAUUUACCUCAGGUACUAUCCCACCCAACCAAAUAAUUAGAAAAACAUGAAAACCUGUCUUAUGAACUUUUAAAUGAUCUAUCUACAUGGAGAAAAACGUAGGUAACGGCAUCAGGUGAAGUUCCAAUCGAGAUCUGUGGAGAGACGACCCCGCGUCAGUGUAACAGUGCAUGUUUUUCAAUGUAUCUUUUGGCACUGAAAAACAUCUAUCUCGCAAUGGAGAUAGUUACAUACUGUACCUUUAAAAAAACGUCUCACAGAAAAGUCUUGAUGAAAUAUAGGUAAAGGCUAACAUUGACUGGUCAACUAUUUAAAUGGUAACCAAUUUAUUUGAUACAUGGCAUUUGGAUUUAUUUUAUUUUAUUUUUUCACUUUUGUAACUUUCCUGUUGGAGGGUCUGCCACUAGCUUGUUUCUAUGGAGAUGCUAUUCCUUUUGCUUGGAUUGCUCCAAGUGUUUUUACCACCCAAAAAAAUACAUUGAAAAACAUACACUCACUCACAUACAUUCACAGGAGCAGGAUUGCCUCUCCACAAAUCUAACCUGUAACUUCGCCUUGUGGCGUUACCUCAUGGAUACAUUUAAUGCCAUACUGUGGAACAUUUCAGGCAAAGCUAUAACAUCCCCAUGGAGAUAAAAGUAGAAAAGCUACAUAAUUAACCUUCAGUAUUUCUGCACCAGUUUGUUAAAGGAGUCCUUGUUCAAAGCUGGUUUGGUCAGUGUGAAGGACUGUUGCAUGCUGGGAGUGAAUGACACAAUUUUGAAAGAGAAGUUUUAGUCGUAGCAUCAGGAGCAGUAACUUUAGCAGGGUCAAGUUUGUAUUUAUUUAAAAAUGUUGAUAACAUCACCAACCCCAAACAGUGGUCUGUCCUUAGUUUAGACUUACAAUAGGUCUAUGCAUAAUCGUAACUGUUCAUCUCUACACUCUGCAGGUGCAAUAAAUGUUAUUGUGGAAAAGUUAAUGCAUUUAUUGACUUCAGUUACAAUAUUUAACAUGUUUUGAUUCAUUUUGAUUUGUGAAAUUCACAACUGACAAACUCCAGUAUCUCAGAAAGUAGAAAUGUAUAUAUAGAAGUAGGGAUAUUAACACAAAGGUUCAUAAAACAAUUCUUGCCCAUUGCUUUUGUGUUCUCAGGCAAGACACCUCCGGAGUCUGUGGUACAGUCUCCGGAGGUGUCAGUGAAAUUGGUGAUGGUUGCAAACGGUACAGAAAAACUGCCACAUCACUGCCAGUCUGCCUGUCAAUGGCUGAUAGAAUUAAUGGUCUAUAGCUACAUUCAUAUGAACCAACUGAUAUUUAUACUAAUUGAUAGUAUAAUAUGUAACCUUCCUGGUGGAGGGUCAUCUGCUUGUUGGAAGUGUUAUUACCUGGUGAUGUUACCUGUUUGUCUUCUGGGAGAUCGAUACAUUUCAAGCCAUACCGUGGAACAUAGCAAAGCAAUAACAUUUCUAGAAACAAGCAGGUGGCUGACUCGCCAUGAGAAAAGUUGCAUAGUGCACCUUUAACAUACAACAAAAUAAGAAAAAAAAAACAACUCCUCACCAGUG